AUGAUUGGGAAGUUAGAUAUGGCCGACAGCGGAGAUAAAGAUGACUUCCCUGCGGUGUGCCGGCGGCUUUCCGCGGCGUUUCGUCAUGACCUCAUCCAACGGGCCGAAGAGAAGUUUUUCCGAGCGCAACUCCUCUCAGUGUCCACCCUCUCCCCUGCAGAUGUGGUCCUCUUUGUCACCGUGGCGUCGCAGCUCCGCAGGCUACUCCUGAGUGGCGAGCGUGACUCUGCAGAGGGUACUGACACCUGUCGCGAGACAACUGUCCAGAACAGAUGCAGCGGCCGCACAUGGUGCGAACUUCUCCAGGGGAAAAUCAUUGCGACGGUCUUCUUCGAGCCCAGCACUCGGACGCGAUGCUCUUUCGAGGCAGCCACCCUCAGGCUCGGGGGCCAGGUUAUCAGCUGUGGCGACAUGCAGACCAAUUCCUCGACGAAGAAGGGAGAAUCUCUGGAAGACAGCAUUCGCAUGUUUGCGGCAUACAGCGACUGCAUCGUCCUGCGACAUCCUGAGAAGGGCUCCGUGGAACGCGCCGCCCAGGCACUGAAAAGUGUGCGACGGGGACGGCCGCCUUGCGCUCUGCUCAGUGCGGGCGACGGAGCAGGAGAGCACCCCACGCAAGCCCUUCUCGAUCUGCUGACUCUCGUGCAGCUUCGGCCUCUCUGGUGGGACGCGCAACUUAAGAAGAUUGAGGGAGACAGCAGCUGCGUUCGAGGACCAGGCGACAGAAAGGCGAUGGAAGCCGGGCAUCAACCAGAAACGUCUCUGCGGGUGGCAUUUGUUGGAGAUCUUAAGAACGGCAGGACUGUGCAUUCUCUGGCAUUGCUUCUUUCGCGUUUCGACUGCCAUCUGACGACCGUCAGCACGGAGUCCUCCGCUUUGCCCCCAAGUGUCGUGGCGUGCGUCCGGGAAAAUUUCAAGGCUCAGGUCAUGCAUCCUCUCCCUCGCCGUGAAGAGAUUGCAGUCGAUGUCGACGAUACAGAUCACUGCGCAUAUUUUGCCCAGGCGGAGAAUGGGCUGUACAUGCGUAUGGCACUUCUUGCAAUCUUCCUGAACCAACGCACGGCCCGCUUGCUUCUGGGGGAGGCGUCCUGA